AUGGAAACCCAGAUCCAACAAUUUGGAAUGGUUAUGGGAAAUAUCACUGAGAUAUUGGGUCCUGCACAAACAGCUAGUAUGCUUUCGAAGUCUUUGUUCCUCAUUAAUGUCGGAGCUAACGACAUCUUCGAUUAUGAAGAUACAUAUAGCAAUUUAUCCAAGCAAGAGUUCAUGUCCACUCUCCAAUUCACUUUCCACGACCAGUUAAAGAAUCUAUAUGGCCUGGGGGCUCGAAGAUUUGCCAUUGCAGGUGUUGCACCAAUUGGAUGCUGCCCAUCUCAACGUUCUAGUGACAGCGGGCUUUGCAAGGAGGAAUUGAAUGACUUUGCUAAGAUGCUUUACACGAAAACGAAAGAUCUCUUGCAAGGAUUGAGCUCGGAAUUGAAAGAAUUCAAGUACUCACUGGGAGAUGCCUAUGAAAUGACCAUGAAUAUUAUCGAAGACCCAAGGGCCUUCGGCUUCAAGGAAGUCAAAACAGCUUGCUGUGGAAAGGGAAGUUUCAAUGGAAAAGCACCCUGCAUGGAUAUUCAAAGCCCAAACCUUUGUUAUAAUCGUCGAGAGUACUUGUUUUGGGAUUUCUUUCAUCCAACUGCAUAUGCUUCAGAAUUGGCAGCUGUUACCCUCUAUAGUGCAGGAACAAGAUUUGUGACACCCAUGAAUUUUAUGAGGCUAUUCGGUUAUGAGAAGAGUCCGCAACCUUUUCUCCAGCUUCUCGUCCGCCGUCAGUUAAGUAAUAUGGAGAAAUUACAGCUGGGUGUGAACUUUGCAUCAGGGGCAGCUGGAAUUCUUGACAACACAGGACUAAAAAAAUGGAAAGAGGUGGUGUCAAUGAAAGAGCAGAUCCAACAAUUUGAUAUGGUUAGGGGUAACAUCACUGAGAUAUUGGGUCCAACGAAAACAGCUAGCAUGCUUUCUAAGUCUUUGUUCCUCAUUAUUGUCGGAACUAACGACAUCUUCGAUUAUGAAGAUACAUAUAGCUAUUUAUCGAAGCCAGAGUUUAUGUCCACUCUCCAAUUCGCUUUCCACAACCAGUUAAAGAUUAUGUAUGGCCUGGGGGCUCGAAGAUUUGCCAUUGUAAGCGUUGCACCAAUUGGGUGCUGCCCAUCUCAGCGUUCUAAUGUCAGCGGCCUUUGCAAAGAGGAAUUGAAUGAGUUUGCUCGGAUGUUUUACACCAAAACGAAGGAACUGUUGGAAGGAUUGAGCUCGGAAUUGAAAGAAAUGAAGUACUCACUGGGAGAUGCCUAUAAAAUGACCAUGAGUAUCUUGAAAAACUCAUCGCGAUCGGCCUCCGGCUUCAAGGAAAUCAAAACGGCUUGCUGUGGCAGAGGAAAAUACAAUGGAGAAAAAGGCUGCCAUUUUAUUUAUUCACCAAGCCUUUGUCCUAAUCGUAGCGAGUACUUGUUCUGGGAUUACUUUCAUCCAACUGAAUAUGCUUCUGAAUUGGCAGCUCGAACCCUCUAUAGUGGAGGAACAAACUUUAUGACACCUAUGAAUUUUAGUCAGUUGGCAGUGGUCGAUAUUUAA